CACAGGUUCUAAUUGGCGUAAGCUGUGAGUCAUAAAGUCUCAGGGAAGUGACUCUGGUUAAGCAGUUUAUUCUAAUGGCUCUGCAGCCCACAGGUGACUCCCUCUCCUUCCCCUCCUGCUCCAGUCCUCCCAUGACAUUGGCUCCUGCCAGCAUGUGGGUCAGGAAGACGCACAUGGUCUGUACCUUGGUGCUCCUGAGGUUCAGGAAGAGGCCAAGGGCCUGCACCUGCCUAAGCACCAAACCCUCCAGUGCUCACAGGCCAUGGGGGUCCCCUUCUGAUGAGGCCAGUGCCACUUAGGGGUCCUGCAUAUUGCUGGCAGGUCUACUGGUCUGCACCCCCAAAGGGCCUUUCGCCAUGAGGGUGGGUGAGUGGGACGAAUGCACAUGUCAGGCCACCAGUGCGUUGUCACCCAGGCCUGCCUGAGCAUGGCUCUAGGUUUUCCCUCUCGACCUGCAGCUGCACUCCCAGGUCUGUGCAGCACUGAAGAAAAUUCUACCUGAUCAUGGGGCAGCUAUGCGAGUGGAGCUGGGGGUGUGUGGAGGGCCCCCCCAAUUCUGUCUCACAGCUGCCAUAACCACCCCCACUCCCCUGCCCGGUGGCCAAGUGUGGUGGGCCUUGCGCCUUCAGCAGGUAUGCUUCUGGUCCCAAGCGAUAUGCCCACCAUGUAGGGGUGGAUGGAAGAGGCUCCUAGAAAGUUUCAGUGCCCAGAGGUUUUCCACAAAAGCAGAGGAGACACUUUAGGGAAUGUUGCUGUCAGCUGGGGCUGCCUCCCACGGCAGGGAUGAUGCCCAGCAGUGCUCACGCCCAGAGUAGGUCUGAUGAACUGGCUGAGCAGGAAACUGAGGCCCCAAGGCUCUGGGCUUGACCAGGUCUCACCCUUGGUUUUGUGUCCUUCAUCUAGUGACUUCCCUCAAACAGCUGGAAUCCCUGCCAUCUGCUCAUUUCAUUAGAAGCUGCAUUAGCUCUGGUGGCUGCAGAGUGCAAGUGACUGAAUGGGGACCCUCGACUAUCAGAUCUCUCCCCAGAAAGGACCCCCGUCCUGUGCCAGAGGGCGAGGGCUCCCAUGGGGACCAAGGACAUCGUUCACCCCUCCCAGGUUCAGCGCAGGGCUCCCUCACUUGGGCCACGUCUGCCACUUCUGGAUGCAGUCUACGCAGACUGCUCUGCAGAACUUGACACUAGAGUUACAAGGAAUCUAGAAUUCAACCUCCCGGGGAAGGGUCUGUCAUGUGAAACGGGGAAGGACCAAGCCAAUGGGAGUCUACGCAAGGAGCAAACGCGGGAGCGCGUCCUGGACUGCGGACGGAACCGGCGGGACGGCUCUGAGGUGUGCUCGGCUCGCUGCUGGGCUUCACCAGGACGAAUCUGCUCCGGGCUUGGCUUCCAGAGGACCCGGGCGGUGCGGAGCGGCGAGAGGAGCCCACGCACCGCGGGGCCCUGGCUGCUCGGGCGCUGGGACCGCAGGGCAGGCUCGGGGGGGCUUCCCCUCACGGCCAGGAUGAGGACAGGGAACUCUCGACAGACGCCGUUAUCAGAAGUCCUAAUUGGACGAGGACUCCUAGAACGGAGGCUGACGGCCAGUUUAGCCAAAGAACUUAAACGAAACAAGUUUCCGGCGCUCUUACUAGUGUUAACGUGCGGUGUUUAUCGUGAAGACAGUACCGAGCGGCUCCGCGAGGGAAGGCCCGGCAGCAGGCUCCGGGCACCUCUGCUGCUCCGCGAUCCCCGUCGCUGCCGCUCUUCCACAGCCCGCUCUGGAAGCCCAGUGCCGCCCUGGAAGACCGCUUCCGGGUCUAAGCGUGGAGGGGGCGGGGCGCGUAGGACGCCGUUCUGCGUGACGCAGUCAUCUUGCAGCCGGGCGGCGGCGUCUUCUGUGAAGGCGUGGCCGGAACGGAGGUGGCAUUGUCACCUGUCAGGCUCAGGUGUUCCCUUGGCCUGGCUUCUCAACCUCCUGUUAAGUUAUGGCAGGUGACCUCUGAGGUGGCCGGGCAUCCCCAGCCUCCCACGGCGGCAUUGGACCAGCUUAGGCAGCCCCCUGCCCUGGACAUCCGGAUGUGGUUGAAGAGGUUCUUGCUGCCUUUGACAGACAGUCUCUUGACUGACCCCUUUUUUCAGUUGGCUCACAGCUUCUUCCAGACCCUCUACCUGUAUGCACCCCCUUGCCCCAUGGCCUCCCCAUCUGAGGAGUCUUGAUAGCAUUUAAAGCAGAAACACAACCAGCCCUACCCCCAGAAGUUGAACUUUUUGUCAUUUAUCUUCAGAAAAGCACACCAAAUGUUGAGUGUGGGUCACCUGGAUUGCUUCAGCUGUGGGUGAACAGCCAGAAGUUCCCAUUUCAUUAUCCACACGCCUCCUUUGUCCCUCCCUAAUGGGGGUCAGAGGUGCUUUGAUUGUGCAUGAUGGAGACUACCCCAUUUCAUUGCUUGAAAAACUCAGAGCUGUGUGUGUAAGAAACAGAGGGAGCGGGGCUUCCCUCCUGGUCCAGUGGUUAAGAAUCUGCCUUGCACGCAGAGGACACCUCGGGAAUAUCCCACAUGCCACAGCAACUAAACCUGUGGGCCACAGCUAUUGAGCCCACACUCUAGAGC